AUGCACCUGCAUCCUUCAGGCAUUCUGUUCUUCCUGGCGAUCUCUUUGCCUGCAGCUAACUGUGCCAUCGGGAAUGACGGUGUAGAGUUUGAAACAUGUGUUGCAGACAAAGGCGUUUGUUUCUUUGGUUGUAGGCCAGGAUGGAUUUGGAUUGGCUACUGUAACAACCUAAUGUCCUGUUGUAAAAAGGACAAGUUAUAUGCACCUCCUCAAUCCAAAGGUAUAUAA